GGCGGAGCCUAGCCUCACACUUCCGGCAGGAGGAUCCCGGGGAGUGCCCUGGGCGGAGCAGCAGAUCCGGGGACCCACAGCUCUGCAUCCAGCUCACCAUGGAACUGGCCAGCUCAGGCCACCAGCCCCUUAGGUGAGGACCUGCCUGGGGCUCUGUCAGUCCUUCUGAAUCAUGGAGGCAAAGAGAACUCUUCCAGCCAGGGGACCUGCUUGUUGAAAGUUGUGGUCCAGUUCAUCCUUCUUCCAGUGAACGGUCGCCAGGAGGGUGCCUGUCCCUGCUGGCCAGGAGCUGGGGCACUGGAGCCUCUACAGAUGGGGCGCUGGGUGCUCGACCUGGCCUUUGUGUGGAAGGCAGCGUUCACUCUGGGGCUGAUCCUUCUCUACUACUGCUUCUCCAUUGGUAUCACCUUCUACAACAAAUGGCUGACAAAGAGCUUCCACUUCCCUCUCUUCAUGACAAUGCUGCACUUGGCUGUGAUCUUCCUCUUCUCCGCCCUGUCCAGGGCGCUAGUUCAGUGCUCCAGCCACAGGGCCCGCGUGGUGCUGAGCUGGACCGACUACCUCAGAAGAGUGGCCCCCACAGCACUGGCAACAGCACUUGACGUGGGCUUGUCCAACUGGAGCUUCCUCUACAUCACUGUCUCGCUGUACACAAUGACCAAAUCUUCAGCCAUCCUCUUCAUCUUGUUCUUCUCCCUGAUCUUCAAGCUGGAGGAGCUGCGUGCAGCACUGGUCCUGGUGGUCCUGCUCAUUGCUGGAGGCCUCUUCAUGUUCACCUAUAAAUCCACUCAGUUCAAUGUGGAGGGCUUUGCCUUGGUGCUGGGGGCCUCGUUCAUCGGUGGCAUUCGCUGGACCCUCACCCAGAUGCUCCUGCAGAAGGCUGAACUGGGCCUGCAGAACCCCAUCGAUACUAUGUUCCACCUGCAGCCACUCAUGUUUCUAGGGCUAUUCCCUCUCUUUGCCGUGUUUGAAGGUCUCCACUUGUCCACGUCUGAGAAGAUCUUCCGUUUCCAGGACACAGGGUUGCUCCUGCGGGUGCUCGGGAGCCUCUUCCUCGGUGGGAUUCUUGCCUUUGGGUUGGGCUUCUCCGAGUUCCUCUUGGUCUCCAGAACCUCCAGCCUCACACUCUCCAUCGCCGGUAUUUUCAAGGAGGUCUGCACUCUGUUGCUGGCUGCUCACCUGCUGGGUGACCAGAUCAGCCUGGUGAACUGGCUGGGCUUCGCCCUGUGCCUCUCGGGAAUGUCCCUACACAUGGCCCUCAAAGCCCUGCACUCAAGAGGUAACGGUGGCCCUAAACCUCCGAAGAACCUGGGCUCCAGCCCCGACCUGGAGCUGCUGCUCCGGACCAGCCAGCAGGAGGAUGAGGAAAGUGAGGAGGGCUACUUCAUGACCCAGGGGCAGCAAUGACCAGCCCAGAAGGAACUUGGAAAUGGCCGCCCAGCCACCAGCACUGCUCUGAAUGUUGCGCAGCAGCUGUGGGAUGCAGGUGCUUCUUCAAAACAGCUGGGAGCUGCUGUGCGGGACCCACUUUCAGAGGCAUUGUGGCUUUCCAAGGGGGCUGGCUGCAGACUACAGGGCAGUUGAGAAGGGGACAUGGAGGGGCUGGAGCCUCCUCACCUGGGCAGCGUCUUUCUCUGAGAGCAGACUUAUUUAUAGUUUGGAAAUAAAUGGUUUAUGGUCCACUGGC